CUGUUUUUAGUGAAUAAAUAUUUUUCGGGCGCUGAUUUUUAGCCAAUGGGAGCCGACAAAAUCGGCGGCGGCGCGCUGCCGAAUUUGAGCCGGUUGGCUUGUUUCUCUGUUGGCAACAUAGGGUUUUCAUAUUUUUUGCGCCGUGAUUUGUUUAUAUUUUUGUUUCGAAAUCACAACAACCGCAACACAAUAAAAUUAUAGUUCUAAAAUACAUUAAUUAAAAGCCAAAAUGCCAUUUGCAACUUUUACUAAAGUACGAGAAGUGAGCAGUGAGGACAAUGUUCAUCUGGCUGAAAAUUUGAUUCAAAUUCAACCAGGAAAGAAGUGGAAAACAAAAAACGCUGGAGAAAAGUCGGCAUAUGUAAUUUUAGAAAUGUCAGAUUGCCAACAAAUUACAGGAAUUGAUAUUGGUAAUGAACACUCAGCAUUUGUUGAAGUUUUGGUUGGAAAAUCCACUUGUGGUCCUCAGGACUUUAAAGAAAUCUUAAUAACAUGUUCUUUUAUGACACCCACUGAGAGUAAAAGUUCAAAUAACACAAAUAGAGUGAGGUGUUUCAGUCGUGAAGCCUUGGUUCCUUCAGUUGCAGACAGUAAAUGGUCACUUGUAAAAAUAAUUUGUACCCAACCUUUUAAUAAGCAUGUUCCGUAUGGGCUUUCAUUUAUUAAAGUUCACAUCACUGAAAAUGAAAAGAAAACACCAUGUAUAACCCAAAACAAAAAUGUUGUACCUGAGCAGUUCCUCAAUAAGACUACUAGUAUUAUUGGUAAACUAAAAUAUAGAGAAGAUUCUCCAGAUUCAGAGAGUGAAAAUACUUCAAGCCUUUUUAAUCGGUGGAAAAAAUCAAAGGAAAAUGAUGUUGAAACGACUACUGCUGCUGCAAUAAGGACAGCUUCAAAAAGUCCCCUAACAUUAAUUUCUCGACGCCUUAGUGAUGUCUCCAGACAAACUUCCCAAACUAUAAUGUCGGAAAAAAUUCCCGAUCGAAAUCGGGACAAAUUGCUAUUUGGAGACGAAAAUGAUGAUAUAGACAAUGCAAAUGUGAAAAAACGGGAGCGUUUAUCUGAAAAAAUCGAGGCCGAUAAGGAAAGACGGCGUUUAGAGAAGGAAAAGGAAUUGAAUAAAAAUAAACGUAAAUCAAUAGACGUUACAAAAUCAUUAGAAAUAUCAAAGAAUAUGAAUGAUAAAUUAGUGGAGCCAUCAUGCUCAAAAACCAUUAGCAUUAAUAAAACUUCAUCGGAAGCUAUGAAAAAAAGACAAAGCUCUCCUCCAGAAAAUCCAAAGAAAAAGAUAAAACCUACAAAGAAUUUUAGACCUUUUAAUCAGCUGUUGAAAGGUGUAGUUUUGGUUAUAAGCGGAAUACAAAAUCCAGACCGAGGAGACUUGAGAAAUAAAGCAAUAGCUUUGGGCGCAAAAUACAAAGCUGACUGGGACAGCUCCUGUACACAUUUGAUUUGCGCAUUUAAAAAUACACCCAAAUACAAUCAAGUUAGAGGUAAAGGAAAAAUUGUUACACGCAGCUGGAUUGAAAAGUGCUAUAGUUUAAAGAAGUACUUGCCAUGGAGAAGGUAUGCUUUGGACAGUAUAGAAUUAGCCAAACCGGAAAGUGACGAAGAGAUUUUUGACGACACUAAGGAUCCUCAAACUGCUGUAGUCAAUAUUGAUACAUCAGUAGAGAAGUCUAAAGAAGGAUGUGAAGACAGGAAUAAUACCCUGGCUUUAUAUGAUAUUGAUGACCAAAAGAAUACUAAUAAUUCUACUUUAAAUAAUAACGAAUCGUCUUCGGAGAGUGAUACUGAUGAUGAAAUAAAACGAAUAAAGCAAGUGAUCAACACUGUCGAUAACAACGCAAUGCCGAAUUCAGUUAACAUAUUCGAAGCAUCAACUGAUGAGGAAGAUUACAUUACAGAAAAACUAAAUCAAAUAAAAUAAUUAAACGUUAUUCUUGUAAUUUAAACCUUUAUGCAGGGUGUUUUUUACCAUUAAAACGAACAAUAAAAAAAAUUAUUUAAA